AAAUAAAAGUAAUUUAAAAUAACUCUUACUACUAAAAUGGCUAUUCCCUUGACCAUAGCUGAAAUUGCUUGCCGGAGUCUUGAUUUUCCGGUUACGCCGGCCACGCCUCCGAUCCAUCCCUCUCGGGUGUUCCUAAGACCGGUGCGCUGUACGCCGGUUCAGCAGCAGAUUGAUUUGGGAAUACAAUGCGAGCCUUGUGGUGGCAGAGGAUGGCUACUGUGUGAUUUUUGUAAAGGGCAGAAGACCAAUGUACAGUCUGAAACUAAUAAGAAGAUAUACCGGCGCUGUCCUUCUUGCAGGGCUAUUGGGUACCUUUUGUGUUGGAAGUGCAAAGUUUUCAAGUGUGUAACGUACCCAAACGCGGACGAUGGCCAGGAGCUGCAGCCCAGCAUGUAAUCCUCUGCAGAAGUGGGAUCUUGGGAUUGGAAAUGAUAGACUUACUCUUCAAAAACAAGGGACAUUUUCAAUUAUAAUUUCAAAUAUUUAACUCUAUUUUUGUUUCUUUUUGAGUUUUAGUAUUUACAAAAAGUAAAAUGCUAUGUUAUUCUAAAUUUUUAUUUUUAUUGUUGUAAUUUUGAUAGUAUAUGACUUCUUUGUACACUUAAUAAUUUUUUUCAA